AUGGCCACCGAAAAUCCUCACUCCCAGCAAAACUCUAACCCCCAAAUCUCUCUCUAUUACCAGACUCGCGCGGCUCACCAUGCCGUCGUUACUAGUGACUGGCUGGCUCAGGCUCAAGCCGCUGUUGGCCGUCACCCCGAAGACGCCGUAUCAGAUAAUUCCUCUGCUGGAGGAGAAGAAUCUGGAAAUGGUUUUAGUGUGAUUGAUGAGUUCAAUAACUGGCGUAAACAGCCGGAUUUGGCAGAGGCCGUGGCGGCUAUUAGGGCUUUGGCUUCCGUUAUUAGGUCAAGCCAAGCCACCACUAUGAUGGAGCUGGAAAUUGAGCUAAAAAAGGCCUCCGAUUCUCUCAAAUCAUGGGACACAACCUCUAUCUCUUUAACAGCUGGCUGUGAUCUGUUUAUGCGAUAUGUAACAAGAACUUCAGCUUUGGAAUAUGAGGACUUCAAUUCGGCAAAGUCCCGCCUUCUUGAACGUGCAGAGAGGUUUGGUGAGAUAUCAUACAAGGCUCGCAAGAUAAUUGCAAUGCUCAGUCAAGAAUUUAUUUUUGAUGGCUGUACAAUACUGGUACAUGGCUUCUCUCGUGUGGUGUUGGAAGUUUUGAGGACAGCAGCACAAAAUAAGAAACUUUUUCGAGUUCUCUGCACAGAGGGAAGACCGGACAGGACAGGGUUAAGACUGUCCAAUGAGCUGGCCAAGCUUGAUGUUCCUGUUAAGCUCUUGAUAGACUCUGCGGUGGCAUAUAGCAUGGAUGAAGUUGACAUGGUGUUCGUCGGAGCAGAUGGAGUGGUGGAAAGCGGAGGUAUAAUAAAUAUGAUGGGGACUUACCAAAUUGCAUUGGUUGCUAAGAGCAUGAAUAAACCAGUUUAUGUUGCUGCUGAAAGCUACAAGUUUGCUCGUCUCUAUCCAUUGGACCAAAAAGACAUGGUUCCCGCCUUACGUCCAAUUGAUUUUGGGGUACCGAUUCCAUCCAAGGUUGAGGUCGAGACAUCUGCCCGGGAUUAUACACCUCCUCAGUAUCUUACCUUCCUUUUCACGGAUUUGGGUGUUCUGUCACCAUCUGUAGUAAGCGACGAGCUAAUCCAGCUUUACUUAUGA